UGAUUUAACAGGACUAGACAAGUGCAUAAUAAUCGGAGUAUUGUGCCAAAUUAUGCUGACAAUAAUAAUUGUUAAUAGAAAGCCCACCUAUAUAUUCACUGAUUCGUACAGUUUCGUUGCAAAUAGUAUUUCAUUGUAUUAGAGUGUAACUAUUUCUUUUUGAAUCAAAUAAUUGUUGAUCGGUACAUUUUGUGAUAUCUGUGUCUUGUUAUUUUAAACGCUCUUGGUAGGUUUCUUUCAAUUCAGGUAUAUAUAAUAGGAAAAAAAUAAUUAAAAAAAAAUGUUACGUUACAUAACGUAUAAUGAAAAAAUAGAUUUCCACGGUAAGGUAAUACUUUGGAAAGUCAAGCGAAUUUCCAUAUUAAUCUCGAAUGUGAUUCAAUGGACAAAGAUUAAAACUUUACUAACAUAUUACUGAAUACGUCAAGAAGAGUUUAAAACAAUUGAAAAUUAAUGACAUCCGUUAUUCUAUCAUAAUUAUUAGAUUCGAGAUAUGGGAAAACUAUAAUGAAGUCGUAAACAUGUUUGCAUUAGGUACAACAAUGGUAUUGGUGGAAAUAUUACGUGAAUAUAACGUAUCACAUAUCUUGUGAGCGAAAAUAAAUGUAAAAAGGUGUUUAUCUCGAUUCUGAAAAUAUAUUAAUUGUUUCGUAAUAUAAAGGGCGGACUUUCUUUGACUGGAAAUCGUAACGAUUUCGAGAUAACUGUCAAACAUGACUUUUUUAAUAUGAAAGUAACGCUACGAAUGAAGAAAAUUGCACUUAAUAUCAGAGAAAACAACCUCAUAACCUUUUGACACAUCAUGGCAAAUCCAGGUGACUCUAUUAUAUGUGGCGGCUUCUCAUUUUAUAAUAAUUUUGACUCAGCUAAUUUAGCGAAAGUUGAACUAGUAAAAGUGCCAGAGACUUUUGAAAAGGAUGCAUGUGAAACAGAGAAUAAAUCAUGUAGAAGCUCAAAUUCAGAAGAUGCUACAGAUUAUGAGUUUAAUUUAUGGACAAAACAUGAUUGUCAUGGAACACAAUAUCAAAACAACAACAGAACAUGGUUUUACUUUGGCGUUAAAGCUAGUACUCCAGGAGUUUAUAUAAAAUUCAAUAUAAUUAAUUUGAAUAAACAAGUUAAAAUGUUCAGUCAAGGAAUGUGUCCGGUUUUUAAAGUUGUACCUGGUCAUCUGCAUUGGGAAAGGAUCCGCGAUAAACCUACCUACACUUUGGAUCAAAAAGGAAGUGAUUUUACAUUGUCAUUUGUUUACUUUGCUCCUGAAAAUCCAAAAGCAAUAACAUAUUUUGCAUUCACUUACCCUUUUUCUUACUCCGAUCUACAAAAUUAUUUGAGAAGAGUUGAAGCAAGAAUAUUAAAGAGAAGUAUAACAUCUGCAGAUGAUGUUUAUUAUCAUAGAGAAUGUGCAAUAAAAUCUUUAGAGGGACGGAGGAUGGAUCUAAUAACAAUAAGCUCAUUUCAUAACAUAUCAACGGAGAGAGAAGAUAGACUGAAUAACAUGUUUCCUGAAAAAACUGAGGAAAGACCUUUUAAAUUUUGGGAUAAAAAAGUAAUUUUUAUUAGUGCGAGAGUCCAUCCAGGAGAAACACCAUCUAGUUUUGUUUUUAAUGGUUUCCUUAAUUUUCUGAUAAAUCGCGAGGAUAACAUUGCAAUUAAUCUUCGUCGCCUUUAUGUGUUCAAAUUGAUACCAAUGCUCAACCCUGAUGGUGUAGUUAGAGGUCAUUACCGAAUGGAUACUAGAGGAAUAAAUCUCAAUAGAGUCUAUCUCAAUCCUUCUUUAAAAGAUCAUCCAACAAUAUAUGCUGCAAGAAAUUUGAUAAGGUAUUAUCAUCAUACGUAUCAGCUGCCAAAAGAGGACGAGAUUUCAAAUAUGUGUAUAGGAAAUGGCGAAAAUACGUUAACUGUUAUUGAUUCCUCUUGUGCAAUUGCAAAUAUAGUACGCGAUACAACGACGAGAUUACUCCAGCAGGAAUGUGCAUCACCAAAAACAGAUUUGGAUGACAUACCUCAGGGUGGUGGAGAAGGCCUGUGUAAUAAAGCAGAAGAAAGUAAUAAUUCUGUAGAACUUAAAUCUGAUAAAAAGACUUAUACAGCUAUUGGUAUAGGACAAUUACCCAAAGAAGACUCUGGAUUAUAUUUAUAUAUUGAUCUUCAUGGUCAUGCUUCAAAAAAGGGUGUUUUCAUGUAUGGCAACUACUUUGAUAAUGCAGAGGACACAAUAAUGUGUAUGCUUUUACCAAAAUUAAUGUCCAUUAACAAUCCAAAUUUUCAUUUUACUUCGUGCAAUUUUACAGAAAGAAAUAUGUAUAUUAUAGAUAAGAGAGACGGUAUGUCAAGAGAAGGAUCGGGUCGAGUAGCUGUAUAUAAACUCACUGGAUUGAUACGUAGUUAUACUCUUGAGUGUAACUAUAAUUCUGGACGUUUAGUAAAUUCAAUACCUUCAAGAAUUCGUGAUGGUGUGAACAAAACCGUAACACAUAUGUUUGUUCCACCAAAGUAUACUCCAGCAGUUUUCGAAGCGGUUGGAGCAGCAUUAGGUCCUUCAAUUCUUGACCUGACAAAUAAUAAUCCUAACAGUCGACUGCCAAAUAGCCAAUAUCGUUCUUUAAGAGGUGUAAAGUCUUAUUUAAAAUUAGCAUAUGUGAACAAUGUUUCCUCGCCAAACGGCAAAUCUCUACAUAAGGACGAUAAUAAUAUUAUACCUUCAGAUUCUUAUAAUUUAAAAGACAUUGAAUCUCAAAUAAGUAACUCUUCCGUUGGGUUAAAGAACUCGAUGAAGAGUGAAACAAGUUUCGUAAAAAAACCAUGCAUCAUUCGUCGUACUACGUCUCUUUAUACCGCAGUAAAAAGAAUAAAAAACAAUAAAAAAGUUCGACAAACUGUAACUCGUAGGCCGCUAAAAAAUCAAUGCGUUAAUGAUAUCGAGAGCAGUUCAAAAAUUCCUGUAAUCGGACCAAAAAGUAUCGUAAAGUCAUUUUUAAAAACUUCAGAGAAUCGCUUGAAAAGUUCAUGUUUUGGAUGUAUCAACGAUUCUUCAGAAAUAAGAGAUAUUCAAUAUGCGAAUAAAAAAUUAAUAGCGACAAACAAAUUCUCCAAGAUGGCGUUGUCUUCCGAAGAAACAGCAAUUGUAAAACAUGGAGCGAAAAGAUUAAAAAUUGUUUCUAUGAAAGCAAAUAAAGGGAAAUCGGAAGUUGGCGAGUCAUCUAACAACGUUCCGGAAACGAUAAAAUCGCCAUCGAAAACGUUGUUUUUGUCCAACAAGCAAAACGUAAGAGGGACUACAAAAGCAAUGAAGAAAUAUUGUCAUAAAAUGGAAUAAAACAAGUCGAAGUCUUCCAAGCAGAAAGAAUCAAUAGAGGUAGUAUAGUAAUUGCAAACUUAUUGAGUAACGAAAAUGCAAACAGAAUUCUAAAUUAGCCCGUAAAGCAUGAUGCCGUAGAAAAUUAAUGCUUUAGCGAUCUGUUGUAGCUUUAUAAAUUCUUUUAGACAAAUACUUUAAACAUAAAAAAUAUAUAUAAGUUAUAUUUAUUACGUAAUUACGGAAAUUACGUAAAUUAUUUAAUUAGUAGCCGCAAGGAAAAAUAAUAAAUAAUUUAUCAUGUUGUUGAAGAAAAGUGAAGAUAUAUUUAUUUUCUUUUUAUUUUUUCAAACAGAAAAUUUAAAGAUGUUAUGUUUGUAUUACAUAAAAUAAUGUAAAAUAAUUUCGUGAAAACAUCUCAGUCUAAUGAUACUUAUACGAUUAAAUCGAAUUGUAUGAAAUUUAAUUUAAUUUAAAAUUACAGUACAGUAUACUAUUCUAUAGUACCUCUUACUGUGAAUGCGUACGUAUAUAAAUUUUAGAAUGAUAUAUUAUUUAUGUAAAGACAAAACAAUAGAAAUAUAAUAAACACUAAUAUACAAUACCGAAU